CCUCAUCCUUUUUUUCGGCCUCUGAUAAUAUACUGACCAAUGUGAGCUUGUGUUUUCUUUGGUUCAAGAACCAUGUCAUCGAAGAAAACAAGUUUGCUUGUCUUGGAGUCAUACUCGCCCAUUGCUGGAACCAUCCCCUCUUCGAUCACUUCUACGUAGUCUAUGGUGUCCUUGAGAUGAUCAUAUAGUGUCUCAUUUGUCUUCGUGCUUUCUUCGUUCUUAUAUAAAAGUAAUCAAAAUGUCUUCUACGACGAAUAGUCCAAUCUUGAACAGCUCAUUCCUUCUCGGAUCAAAUGACUAUCUUACAAGUGCCGUUGCAGAAAAACGAUAUCAAAAAUUGGGUGGAACCGGAGUAUUCAGUUCACUUGCUGUGGCUGGAAAUCUCAACUGUGAGUCAUUGACAAUUGCUGGAUCUGCAGUUCAUUGUCUGGAAUCACAGCUGGAACAGUCACAUCAUCUAAGCUUGUUAUGGUCGAUGCAAACAAAGACAUCGGCUCUUUCCGGAAUCUAACCGCCACGAACUUGACUGGUACUCUUCAAACUGCUGCACAACCAAAUAUUACAUCUUUGGGGACGUUGAGUUCACUGACAGUAUCUGGAAAUAUCUCUGGAACGCUAACUACCUACCGGUUCUCAGCCGAAUAUUACGUCAGUUGGUACGUUGAGCUCGUUGACAACGACAAACACUAUCACUACUAACAUUAACAACAAAACAACGACUCUGAUUAGCUAUUCGAGAUGGAAUAACACAUUGGCUACAAAUAUGAUCGUUGACAUGUAUAUGAGCAACAUCGCACCAAGCUGAGGUAAU